GAUUAAAUACAUCGAGAACAAGGAAGAGUUACCUCCGUGGCAUGGCUACACGUUUGUAGUGGCGUUCUUCGUCAUCUCCUUCCUUGUCUCUGUGUGCCACAAUCAAAACUUCUUCCGGUCCAACAACAUCGGGAAUGAAGAUGAGAACAUCACUCAUUGCGACAGUCUACAAAAAGGCUCUGCGGAUGAACAGCGAGUCGAAGCGGCAGUAUACGACAGGUGCCAUUGUUAACCACAUGUCAAUAGACUGUCAGAGGAUUCAGGCUGUAGCCACACAGUUGUGGGUAGCCGUGUCUGCACCUGUUCAGAUUUCCUUGGCUUUCUACUUCCUGUACAACAAGCUGGGCUUGUCCUUCCUGGUGGGCGUGGCCAUCAUCCUUGUCCUUAUUCCAGUGAACUGCAGUCUGUCGCUUCUUACACGCAAAUACCAGUCGCAGCAACUGGCCCUCAAGGACCAGCGCCUCAAGACCAUGAACGAAAUUUUGAACGGAAUCAAGGUCAUCAAGCUCAGCGCCUGGGAGCAGUCGUUCCAGCAAGUGAUCAGUCAAAUCAGAAACACUGAAAUCACGUGCAUGAGGAAGGCCGCUAUACUCUCCACCUUCAUUAUCUUCAACUGGGUGUGCUCCCCUGUUCUUGUAACCACGGCAACACUGCUGACAUACUCUUUUGUGUCUGAGGAGCAACAUCUUUCGCCGUCGACGGCGUUUGUGUCGUUGUCGCUGUUCAACAUCCUCAGGCAGCCGAUGCACUCUCUGCCCAACUGCAUCUCGGAAUUUAUACAGGUGAAAACCUGCUCACGUCUCCUCAGACGUCUUCGCGAGUUUUUGUCGUGUGAAGAGCUGGAGAUAUUCGACAGAAAUCCGUCUUCCAAGGGAGGUAUUGCGAUUUCCGUGAAUGAUGCGAGUUUUACUUGGGAUAGAAACGAAAUCGCAACUCUCCAAAACAUCAACCUGGAGGUGAAGGAAGGGCAGCUGGUGGCUGUAGUUGGUCCUGUGGGAGCUGGCAAGUCCUCUCUCUUGUCCGCCAUCUUGGGUGAGAUGCACCGGCUAAAGGGACAGGUGGCGCUCAAGGGGUCAGUGGCGUACGUCCCGCAGCAGGCAUGGAUACAAAACAGAACUCUUAAGGACAGUGUUAUCUUUGACAACAAGCUAGACCAGAAGCUGUACAGAGACGUUAUAUACGCAUGCGCACUAAAGCCAGACUUGGACAUGCUUCCUGGUGGAGAUAAAGUUGAAAUUGGCGAAAAAGGCAUCAAUCUGAGUGGUGGUCAGAAGUCACGUGUGUCUCUAGCACGUGCUGUCUAUCAGAACGCGGAUGUCUACCUGCUCGACGACCCUUUGGCCGCUGUGGACAGUCACGUGGCCAAACACAUCGUGAAAGAGGUCAUUGGGCCAACUGGCCUGCUGAAAGCUAAAACUCGUGUGAUGGUAACCCACAGCCUCCAGUGGCUGUUUAUAUGUGAUCAUAUUGUUGUGAUGGACCAAGGACAAAUAAUUCGACAAGGAACAUUUGAGCAGCUGAUGAGUAGUGAUAACGGGCCUUUUACCGACUUUCUGAAAACUCAUCUGCAGGAAAAUACUGGGGAUCUGGAUAUUUCAGGAGGUGAGGAGGCAGGCACGAUCCACGACCAUGUGGACGACGAGGAUUCAGACGAUAUUUUGUCCCUGACGAAGAUGUCCAAUACCAUGUGGACUACGAGUAUUCAGACGAUGUGUCGCCCCCUGACGAAGAUGUCCAACUGACCAUUAAAGAGAAAAUUCUUCACAUGGAAAAGGAAAAAAGAGUUAAAGAAAAACAUGGAACUGAAGGAAAAAGAGAAAGAGGAAUUAAUGAAAAAGCCAGAGCUGCAAAAACUGAUCCAAGACGAGGAAUCAGAAACAGGACAGGUGAAGAGCUACGUGCUGGUGGCGCUGUUCAAGGCGUUUGGCGUGCCUUCCAUCGUCGCCAUAUUUGCUCUCAUCCUCAUGGUCAACGGCUCUGGCAUCGCCGCUAACAUCUGGCUGUCUAGAUGGACGGACGACGCCUUUCUUCGCAACACGAGCCUCAGCAACACCAGCGUCUACACCACCAAAACCGUCACCUACGUCAGCAUCUACGCCUCCAUGGGGGUCCUACAAGCAACGACAAUGUUGUUUUUCGUGGGAACAAUCAAACUGAGUAUGCUCUCGGCAUCCCGACAUCUCCACGACAGCAUGUUGAAUUGCAUUUUUCGCCAGCCAAUGAGCUUCUUCGACACAACGCCACUUGGGCGCAUCCUCAAUCGUUUUUCCCGUGACGUGGAUGUCGUGGAUUCGAUCCUAGCACGGCUGUUUCGCAUUUUCCUUCAACAGACUUUUUCUGUCCUAAGCAUCGUGUUUAUCAUCACCUACUCAACCCCACUCUUCUUGGCAGCUGUUACCCCGAUGUUUUUCAUUUACUUCUUUGUACAGAAAUUCUACAUUCCCUGCUCCAGGCAGCUUCGCCGGCUUCAGUCCUCCUCCCGAUCCCCCAUCUACGUUCAUUUCACCGAAACCAUCAGUGGCGCCGCCUCCAUCCGGGCCUUCGGCGUCGUGGACAGGUUCCGGCGACAAAACGAGAAGCUUGUGGAUGACAACAACGUCUACUUCUACGCCUUCAUCUCGGCCUCCAGAUGGCUGAGAAUUCGCCUGGAGCUUCUGGGUAACUUCAUCGUCUUAUUCGCCGCACUUUUCGCCGUCUUGUCGGACGGUCUGUCUUCCAGUCUUGUUGGACUGUCCGUAGCCUAUGCAUUGCAGGUUACAACGGCACUGAACAUGCUGGUCCAGAAUUCCACUCAGCUAGAGAGCAACAUCGUGUCUGUGGAGAGGAUUGUAGAAUAUUCGACAUUACCUUGUGAGCCGGAGUGGGUAGUAGCAAACGCUCGCCCCAAAGGAUGGCCACAGGAGGGCGCCAUCAGCUUCCGUGACUUUAGCGCACGUUACCGACCUGGCCUUGACCUUGUUCUUCACUCUCUGUCGGCAGACAUCAAAGGCAGUGAGAAGGUAGGAAUCGUUGGACGAACUGGCUCCGGCAAAUCCUCCUUUUCCUUGUCGCUGUUUCGUCUGAUUGAGGCCGCGGAAGGCAAGAUCAUUAUCGACGAUAUCAACAUCGCCGACAUCGUCCACGACCUCCGUGCUCACCUGACGAUCCUACCGCAGGAUCCUGUGCUGUUCUCUGGCAGUCUGCGAUUCAACCUUGACCCUUUGUCGCAAUUUUCCGAGGAGAGGCUGUGGCAGGUCCUGGAGCAGUCUUACCUGAAGACUUUCGUGAUGUCACUGCCGCAGCGACUGGACUAUGAACUAGACGAGUGUGGAUUGAACCUCAGUGUGGGUCAGCGCCAGCUGGUGUGCCUGGCCAGAGCCCUGCUCCGCAAGACGCGCGUGCUGGUGCUGGACGAGGCCACAGCCGCUGUGGACAUGGAGACAGACGAGCUCAUCCAGCGGACCAUCCGCUCCGCCUUCAAGGAGUGCACAGUGCUCACCAUCGCCCACCGCCUGCACACCGUCCUCGACUAUGACAGAAUAUUGGUGCUGGACUGUGGACACCUUGCUGAGCUGGACACCCCGGGUAACCUGCUCCAGAAUAGUAACUCUUUGUUCUACAAGAUGGUGCAGCAGGCCAACGUUCUGUCUUGACAGAGUAGUGCAUUUAGUGACAUGUCAUUUGACAGUAGUCCAUUGUGGCAUGUCAUGUCACAGCAGUGCAUUUAGUGACAUGUCAUUUGACAGUAGUCCAUUAUGUCAUGUCACAGUACAGUCACAACAAAGGGAUCACAUUUAGCUGCUGAUGUUCCCAGCAUCCUUUGUGCUCGUGACACUGAGCAAUAUCGAUGGUGCUUAUUGUAGUUAGCAAGACAGUUUAGUUAAAUGUAUGUGUGUGCAGGAUUUACAUUUGUACAUAUCGAUAUCAUUGUUUAUUGCAGAAUGCAAGGCGCAUUGCAUUUACGAAGUAUUUAUUUUUAUUUGUAUACACAGUGACGUGGAGUAGAAAGGAGGCGUUUUGCGAGUGUUUAAUUGUUUUAAAAUAUUUUUCUGGCAAAACAAAAAAUUGGAUAUACAUCAUGUCAGUGCCACUGAGUGCGCGGACCUUCCUGUGAUAACGGUUUCUGGUCUGGGUGGCUAUCAAGUCUUUGUUGACGAAACAUUGUUUUGAAAAAAAGAUAAGAUUUGCUAUGUUUUUAAUGUUGCUAUUGUUGUUCUGCUUUAGCUGUAUUAAUUGUUAUUUACCCAGUCCACAGAAAUCAGCUUACUAUUACAAUGAUAAUCAAAAUCAGUGACGUCGAUGAUUGACGUUGAUAAUAACAGUGAGGAUGUGCAAGACGAUGAAGUUCACCAGCAUUCCUGUCUCCUUUUCUCUAUUUAUGACAUCUUCAUCCUAAAUAUCAAUUUGUUUACUUAAUAUUUUAUUGAUUUUUAUGCCUGAUUUGUUUAGUAUUAAUUUAUACGUGAAAUGUUUUUAGAGACGGUCGGCUUACCUAUGUUUGCAAGUAAAUACCAAGAUAUAUGUGUCUAGCCCCUCCCACUACCACCACCACCUAGCUGUACAUAUCCGCUCAGCUUUAUUUUGUAAAGGGUAGAGCCCACCUGGUCUCUGUACCUGCUGUCUCACAGGUGUCAAACCACCCGGCGUACACGCUUUGAUGCUUGGCCGCUGGAGCUGUAACCACAUCCCCAUCUUUAUUUUCAUGCUUCUCAUAGUUUUCGUGGAUUGAACAGUUCAGUGCGCAUGUGUCAGAGAGAUGAUUGGAAACCGAAAAAAUAGUCUAACAUUGUUGUAUGGCAGGACCGACGCCUUAAGUUGAACAUUUUGUUUAUUUGUUUUUAUUUAUUUUUAUAGUAUCAUCAUUUCUCUCAACUAUUAUUCCUGUGAUUAUCAAAGUUUUCAAGCAUUUGCAAAAAACUGUAAACACAAAAUAAACCAGGCAAUUUGGAGUGAUACCUUAGAA